ACUUGCCAGCUCUUAGUCGCAGUUCAACCGAUCUCCGGCUAACAUGCUACCCGUCUCGCCUUGUAAUUCCACCGGUAGUAACAGAAUUUUCAUAUAAAAAAACGCGGCGAACCGUCCUGAAGAGAACAUUACGUGCAAAAAAAGAGUGAAAUCUUAUCGAGGGAAUAAAAAAAUAUAGUUGGAAAACAGUGGAACCGAGUGCAAGUGGACUGCAGUGCUUUGUUUAUUAGAGGAGUACUACAGACUUUCGGAAAUCGUUCGUACACACAUUUAUGUAGAUUUUUUUGGAAUAUUUCCUCGCGGUCGGUCGUUGUGUGUCGAGUCGAGAGUGACUAGAGCCGGCCGGCGGCGCGGCGCCCGCAUUAAAGGGAAUGGAACUGAACGCCUUCGAUCGAUUCCCGUGAAAUAUUUUCGAAAAUUCGUAGCCCGCGCGAUGUUUUCGAAAAAUGUUCGAGGACUGGUCGAGAUAAAUGUGAAAUGGGGCCAAAAGGACCGAAAAUGAUCGGACACCGAGCUAUUGGACACAGCACCAGCGAUUCGUUCGUGAAGCCGUUAUAAAAAUUCAUUUGUUGGAAUCAUUUUUGGAAAAAUUAUUGAAAAUGUAGCUCGGCUGUGAUCUCGCGAAAGGGCCGCACCUUGCCCAGCUGCCAAAUUCGAAUCCUGUUCUCUGGACAACUAAAACCACCAUUUCCUGACGAGUGAACUGGCGUGGAUUGGGGGUUGGGGUCCUUGAAUCCAGCAUCGGAACACUGUCUACUAAAUUGUAACAAGUGACAAUUGGGAUACUUCGAGUCUACGACAAAUUUUCUCCGUUCGGUACGUUGAAGUUCGACCGGAGUGCGAGUGCUGCCAGUUUGACAGUGAGCCUACCGACGGCACGGGAGCUAUGCUCACGCCUCGUUGCUCGAAUCUUCACAGGAUGAGACGAGUUUCGGACUGGAACGUGCUCAAAUAGUCGCCACAGUGGAGUUCUGCCUAAUUGAUCCCGAAGAAUCGUUCGCCAACGUCCAACGCGAAUCUUCCUAAUCUUAACUCCCUAAUCUACAUACUGUAACAUUCAGCCUCGGGAGGGGGAGGUUCGAUGUUGGUCCCUCCCGUGGCGCAGAGCGGGACUGGGGACCGUCCCGACACGGGUGCCCGGGCCCAGCAAACCUCGGGGACAGCCGCCGCGGCGGCCGCAGCAGCUACCCUCUGGCCCCUGGCACCCGCGCAGGCCAAUCAUGUGCCCGGGCAGCAGUCGCAGGGGAUGCCGCCGCUCGCAGCAACACCUGCCCCCGCCCACAGUCAAGGCGUGAGUCGUUACGGGCUGUACUCGCUGUUUCCCGGGAGCGGCGGGGGUAGUUACGUCGCGGCGACGCCUGCCACUCCUGGCCCCCACACUCCGGCCAGAGCUUAUCAUGCGACCACACACAAGGAGAGGACAGUUUCAGAGAGCGUGUUCUCUGCGGCGGUGGGGGUGGGCGUCGGUGGUUACACGUGGGGCGCACCGACGCCGCCGCCGGGUUCACCCUACAGCCCCGUGCCCGUCACCCAACUCGAACUGCUGGCCAAGAAUUUGGCCAGCUUGGCACCCCCGGGCCAGCAAGCCCUUAGCCUGCAAGGUGUCGGUGUGAAUGUCGGCAGUUUACACCACGCUCAGCACACCCAGCACACGCACACUUUAAACCUUACUGGCCUGCACCACCUCCAUCAUGCAGGAAGCUUGCACCAGAACACGUUUUCACCCCAGUUGUCUCUGGUCACUGGGAACGCACCCACGUUGACUAUAAACAGUUUCUCGUCACCGAACUCUACUGGGAGUGUGGUACCGACGACUGGAGUCCUACUCCAAGAGUAUCAGUCGCCGAAUAACAAUCCUGUCAAUGUCAGCGUCACUUCAUCCUCGUGUCCUACGAGUACCAGCACCAUGCUCGUCCAAGCGACGACUAGCAAUCAGAUGGUACAGGCCGGUGCUACUGUUAAUGCUACUAAGAAGAGGGAAGCUUUUCUCCCGACCCAGGGACAGCCGGUUAAAUUGGAGAACAAGAGGCAGAGCUGUGUGUGCAGGGGUAGUAAUGCGAAAACGAAGGCAGUACACUCGGACGCGGGGUGCAGCAGAACGUUGCCAGUGGCAUCGUCCUGGAGCGGCCAGGACAGCUGCAGUACCAGCAGUAGCAGCAAUAACAACAAUAACAGUAUAAACGGUAGCAGUAACAAUCUGAUAAAAAGGGAGCCACUGGCCUCGGUCCCAUGCCAAGUGGCCGAAGUCUCCACGUCCCUGCACGCGACCACCACUUCCGUGAAAAUCGAGCCGGUGCCGCCCAAAUCCGAGAACGGGAUCGUGAUGCCCAACGCAGGGACCGGCGGUGUCCCCGUUGGGAUCGCAGUUGCCAGGCAACGGUUGCAGCACCAGGAAACGUCUACGUCGAUGAGAAACGUCUCGUUGAGCCAUCACACGUCCCAUCAUGCCAGCUACCAUCACUUUCAGCCUGACACUUUAGGUUCGAGCACGGCCAUGACGGUGGGUGGCGCUACUCUGGUGCACUGUGGGCCCCCGGGAGGUUCAACGGGCCCAGGGGACGACCGUCCGGCCCACUUAGCCAUUCCCUCGGCCGCCCUGGCACCAUCUUUGAACGCGGCCCUCACCAAUUCCGUGAAUUCUUUGAAUCCGGCACUCGCCGGAAUCGGUGGCAAUUCCGCUGCUAAUGCUGCUACCGCGUGGCCUCCUACUCUCUGGCAGUAUCCGGCAGCUGCAGCCGCCGCAGCUGCAGCCGCAGCAAUGCCGAUGGAGCCAGUGGGUUUCCCGCAGAUGGGAGUGGGCCUGCAGUUGGUUAGGGACCCAACGACAGGCCACUUGCUGCUCAUCCACGCUGCAGAGCAAAUGCAACAGGCGGUGGUCUGGCCCAAUUACCCGACCCACAAUAAUAAUAAUGUGGCCGCACAGCCACCGUUAUUAUUGCCCCCACCGCCCCCGUCUUUACAACUAUUAAGCGACAUCGGGGGUGCUCGACUGGUUCUUACCGAAAGUAAAAGGAAACAGCAAAGUAGUUUGCCGAUUGUGAAAAUCGAGGCCGACUGUGGCACCAGUCCUGCCACCAUCAUCAGUGAGUGCAAUAAGCAUAGUAAUUCCUGCAAUUAUGAUUGUUAUUUUGAUAAAUUUUUAGCGUCGACCGAGUCGACGAAGGCGCUGCAAACGGUGACCUCGAUGACCGGGGCCCUGGUCCCGGAAACACCGCUGGUCACGACGUUGCACUAUUAUCCCCACGCGCCAGCCCUGGUACAGAUCAGCCAAGCUGAGCCUGCACAUUGCAGAUCCCAGGCCACAUCCCCAGUGUCCUAUUUAACACCCCCACCGGAAGUAACGACGCUCCACGCGAUCGAACAACCGGAACCGGGGCCAGCAAUAAACGUCCAAGAUGCAUCAAACCAAACGGAUGCCCCGGAACCGGAAGAGCACGAGUCCUCAGCUCCGGAGGCCUGCGUGAAACAGGAGCAGAGCCCCAGUCCCUGUCAACUGCAGAACUCUAAUCUAACGACCACAACGACCAACAUGACGAAUUUAACUAAUUUCGAGAUCGUCGCGUCUCCUGAGAAGGUCUGCAAUGUUGUUCGAAUCACUACUACCACUACUACAGUCAAUCCUGGAGUCUGUGGCAUCGUGGGCAAGGUCGACAAGGCUGAAAACACGAUUAUUAAUAUGGCUGACUGCCCUAAGUAUUCUAUUAAGGAGUGCAGAAGUGUUUCUAUCGACAGGACGAUUGAGCAUGUGGUUACCAGGCAGAUUGCCGACAGGGAGAACAAAAACGAGAUUGUAGAGGACGAGGACGAAGAGGUCCCUUGCAGAGAUUUAAGGAACGGUCCUAGGAUUAUCGAAAUCACAGAAGAGAAUUGCGACAGCUUCCACGAGAACCUGGAAUUCUUUGCCAGGAGACGAGAUACGAGGAAACGAAGUUAUCUCAACGAAGAGGACACAAAAGAGAAAGAGAAAGCUGACGUUCCUACAAUCAAUCCCUCAAAAGAACCAGCAAUAAUAGCUAAUGAUAAUUUUAACACCUGCAAGGCUGAAAUUGCAAUAAAAUCGUUUGACAUGCCUAAUAUCGAUUGCGAGGAGCCAGUGACGAUAAAACAAGAAGCUGAAGAGACUUUCGAGGAGAAUUCCUACAAAUUCGAGGGUGCUGAGAAGAGUAGGAAGCAUCCUGUAGAAAAAUCUCAUCACCAGGGCAUUGAGAACGUUGUUGAAAAAUUAAAAAACAAAGCAGCUCUACAGGAAACGAUGAAUCCUAACGUAGAGAAGAAUAGAGACAAGAAUGAGAGGAAGCUGGAGCCGAGGAAGUUAGAAAAUGGUUUGAAAAAACAUAUUCUAAGAUCCUGUGAGAAUCAAUUCAUCGAGAACGAGGUCUCCUCAUCCCAAAUUAAAAAUAAUGAAAAACUGGAUACGGUUUAUUAUUUAAAUAACAACAACAACAACAACAACAACAACAACAACAACAACAACAAUAAUAAAAUGGAAGACGCGUCUCAAAAUUCUCACAUAAAAAAAGAGAAAGCUUUAGACUUAAAAGCAAAAGUUCCAAAUGAGAAUCAAAAGUCCGCAGUAGAUAUCAGUGGAUUAGAAUUGUUAUCGAACAGCAUUGAACAGCUCGAGAGUUUCAAGCCGGAUUCGCAGGACUUAGAAAAAUCACCAAAUGCUCAGUCCUCACAAAACGAAAAUAAUAAUAAUAAUAAUAAUAAUAAUAAUAACGUAGACAGUCCUUUGGGUUUGCUCUGUGCCUUGGCCGAGCAACGGUUCAUGGAAGAAGUCGGUGACAAGCUGCCCAGAAAGUUAAAUCUCGACAACUCUGAAGAGAUCUCACACGCUGGGAGGCUGUUACUUAAUUUAGGGAAACGUGGCAAGGCUGCUGAGAAAAGGAAAUUAUCUUUACAAGAUUUGGACAGUUCGAAAAGAUUUAAAAAUGAAUUACAGUAUUAUGAGAGCGAUGAAAAAUGUACAAGGGAGUAUGAAGGUAAAAUGGAAUUAGGCCAGAGGAAGGAUUUUUUUGGUAGAAGCAAAAGCCUUAGUUACGAUUUCAGCGACUGUCUGAAAGGCGAAGAGAAUUUUCAUGAGAAACUGUCAGACUCUGAGCCGGAUAUUUACGAGAAGGAGCAUAGGGACUGUCAUGAUUAUAGGAACCUUCAGUCGAAGAUAGAAGCUAAGAAAUUCUUAGCUAGUAAAGGGAACGUGAAUGAGAAUGAUUGGCCCAACAUCGAUGCUAUGGAAUUGGACAUGAGGGUUCGCUUAGCUGAUAUACAGAGGCAGUAUAAAGAGAAGCAAAGGGAAUUAUCGAAGUUGACUCCUAGGAAGGAUGAGAAGAAGAGCCCUGGAAGGCCCAGGAAAAAGAGCCACUCCUCGAACUCUGACAGUCUUGGAUCUUUCGCUGAAAAUUUGUUGCAAUCUCCUCAGAAAUCGCCCAGUCAUCCGAGUCAGAGUAAUGUCGAGGGCCAGGACGAUUUGCCUUCUACGGUUCUCGCAAUGCCUAGAUGCAAUGUUAAUUUGGUGAAAUUAGGAGAGCAGAGGAGUCAUAUUAAAUUGUUGGAUAGCAUACCGAAUAUUCCUAUCAAUGUACCUACCGUGGAGUCUCCCAUUACGGUGUUACCCAGUAAAACUCAGGAAGACGACGAGAAGAGUUCUGGCACCCUGGGCUACGAGACUUCGUCGCCAGCACCAACUAUAGCCAGCUCGAGCUCUGCUUCGAAAAAACGGAAAGUGAGACGACCUAGGAAACUGAUGUGCACGUCUGGCAGCGCUCGACACCUGACAGAGACCAUAGUAGCUAAGAAGCCUAAGAGCAAAAGCUCUUUAGUCGGAUACCUACUGUCUUCUAAGAACAGACAUCUUCAGACGAAGUACGUGAAUAAAAGCAAUUAUAACCCGAUGCCAUUUAAAUCUGGUUUGUCACUGAAGGCGAAAAAGUCAAAAAAACAAAAACCACCAAAGCAAACUCCAUUACAUAACAAAAACGUGAUCAGUUCGAUAAUCGCCGAGAAGGCGAAACUGAGUCACGAAGUAAAGUUGGACAAACAGAGUAAAACGAAGCCGAAAUUGAAGGCUGAGACGAAACUGAAGAGAUGGGACGACGAUGAAAUUCUCCCUAGCAGUAUUUCCGAAAACGUCCUCAAUUUACCUGAGGAGAAUGUAGUGGAGGCUGUCUCAGAAGAGCCUGUGCAGGAGCUGCCAGUGGAGACGACGGAGACUCAAGAAAAAGACUUGGGCGAGUGGAAACACGAGAGGCCCAAGAAAAAGAAAAGAAAAUCAAGCUCCUCGUCUCCGUCCCGUCGAAAAUCGAGUGAGCCUCGAGAUAAAAAGGACUCGAAACGACGGAAGUCAGAUGAAUGUAAGGAAUGUGCCAAGGCUGCCCGUGCAGAAAAGGUCGAAGCUAUUAACAAGUGCAAAUUGACGUCGGCUCACUUGGCUAUCGAUCAGCUGAGAGUGUUGACAGCCAUGGGAGGGCUGUUCUACGCUGGUCGAUUAAGCGCUGUGCAAGCCCCGGACGUUUACGCCAUCACUCUGGACGGGGAGCGUGGAAACAGACCUCACAUUCAUUCCAGGGAAGAGAUUUUAAGGGAUGCUAUCGUUGAGGUUUGUCCGACGUCCACGAAAGAACUGCCGCCAGGUACGAGGCUCUGCGCGUACUGGAGCCAGCAGUACCGUUGCCUGUACCCGGGGACAUCGGUGGAACCGUCGGAACCUGACCCAGAACUCGAUGAGAAGUUCGUAAGCGUAGAAUUCGACGAUGGGGACAGCGGCAGAAUCGCUUUGGACGAUAUUAGGCUGCUACAACCUGAUUACCCAGUCGUCGAAUACGAUCCAAACCCUUUGCUAUCUCUCGGCAAACGACGAAGGCAGACCUCAGUGUCUACAGAGGACAAAAAAUCUGCGAAUCAACCAGCUAAUUCUGUGGUACUUUUAACUACGAGUACCUAUGUUCCACCGGCUGAGUCUCAGCCCGUGGAACGACACAAGUCUGAGGAGAUGGACCCGAAAGAGUUAGAGGAGUAUCGCGAGAGGAAGAGGAUGAAGAAGAGGAGGAGAGACAAGUUGAAGAGACUGCAAGAGGAGGGAAAGAAGAAGCAUAGGAGGCAUAAAUGCUGCGAGGAGCAUAGGAGGCAUAAGCACAGGAAACACAGAAAGCAUAAGCACAAGCACAGUCAUCAUAGCAGCCACAGCGAGGGCAGUCACAUCAGUAGUGGGGAAAGUUGCUGCGGUCAAAAAAGCGAAGAGGAACUCCCAACAGCGAAAGAGGACACUACGAACUUAGAAAUAGAGGAGGAAGAAGAGGAGGAAGAGGUCGCGGAACAGGAACCGGUUAAAGAAGAAUUACCUGAAGCCCCGAAGGUUCAGGAGAAACCCGAGAAACCGAAGAAAACUGAUAAGAAAUCAAAAAUGCGCGAGAGGCAGGAGUCGGUGGAGAGUAGGAGUAAGAUGGCAGCUUUCUUGCCAGCCAGGCAAUUGUGGGGCUGGGCUGGAAAGGGAUACAGGAGGCCGGGGGCCAAGGGUAGGGCCAAGAAACAAUUCUUCAGGGCCAUUCAAAGGGGGAACGAGACUAUACAAAUUGGGGACAGUGCUGUAUUCUUAUCGACUGGCAGGCCAGACAGACCAUACAUCGGCAGGAUCGAAUCCAUGUGGGAAACUUCGAGUUCUAAUAUGAUAGUUAAGGUGAAAUGGUUCUACCACCCUGAGGAGACCGUGGGUUGUCCCAAGAAUUUGAAAUAUCCCGGAGCCCUGUUUGAAUCGCCGCAUAUGGACGAGAACGAUGUACAAACGAUUUCUCACAAGUGCGAAGUCCUCCCCCUGGAGGAAUACACCGAAAAACUAGGGAAGGAGCCUCACAGAUACCUGACGAUAUACGAUAACAACGAUAUUUAUUAUCUGGCAGGGUACUACGACCCGACGACCUAUUUACUGACCAUGCAACCGGGGGUUGUUUGAGAUCAGCUUAAGCUGACGAUUAGGUUGGUUGGUGCACUUAAUUCUCGUCAGCGCUAACACGGCGACUCACUUAGCAAGAUUUUGAGAUCAUAAAAUGAAUGGAGAAGGUUCCGAAGGAAUGGGCUGAAUACAAUCAAAAGAGGAACUAUGAUUGUUUUCGAACAUUUUAUAUAAGAAGGGUUGAGAACGAGGAUCGUGGAAUCAAAGAAAGUUCUUCAAUAAAUUGAGUUUUCCCGAA